UUUAACUCCUCUUUCUCUCCCUCUCUCCCUUGACCCUUUUCGCAUUUUACCACCCAAUUUACCCAUAAAUUACAUCUAAGGACACAUCCAUGGCGGAGGAGGAGGAGGAGGAGGAGGAGCUUCUCGUGGUGGAGGAGAGAGAGGCGGAGAUGGCGCCCUCCCCCGCCGUCGCCGUCGCCGGAGACGAACCCGUUACGAGAAAGGGCUUCUUCCUCGCGCCUCGCCAGAACCCUAACGGUAACCCCCUUGUAACCCCGCAUAGCCCUAAACGCUACAAAGGCGUCUCCUUUUCCACUUUGGAGAGCCCCAAGAUCCUCUUCAAGGGUUGGUCGAGCUCGUUGAAGCAGUGGGAUCAAUGGGUCAACAAGCUUAAGCCCCUCCAUGGCGAUUCUUGGAGAAAAGUUGGGAUCUUUGAUUCGAUUAUAGCCUCUACUUGUAGAAUUCGGAGAGACCCAUGUUCUUUAUUCGGGGUCUCAUCCUUUUGGUGUGAUGAAACCAAUACCUUUCUUUUCCCGUGGGGCGAGGCGACGAUUUCGCUCGAAGAUGUUACGGUUCUCGCGGGCUUUUCGGCUCUCGGCGGGCCCGUGAGGGCGCCGCCAUUGGAGGGUGAGCUCAAGGACUUAGAAUUGAGGAUCACCGAGGAGCGGCUGGGGUUUAACCGGAGCUCGUAUAAGAAGCCGGAUCACUCAGCGUGGUUGAAGCGUUUCAUCGAGCGGGGCGGGGACGAGCUGGAGCACGUCGCCUUCUUGUCGCUGUGGCUGUCGCGGUUCGUGUUCUGUUCUCAUCCGGAGAAGACUAUAAGGCAGCACGUGUUACCGAUUGCGGUUAGGAUCGCGAGAGGCGAGAGGAUCGCGCUCGCGCCCGCCGUUCUUGCAGGAAUAUACCGUGAUCUGAGAGAGGUGAAGGAAUAUUUGGCGAGCAAUGAACGGAGCAAGGAAUUUCCUUUGAUUGUAUGGGCGCCGCUUCAUAUUCUUCAAGUUUGGAUUUGGGAGCGGUUCGCGAGUUUAAGGCCGGAGGCGAAUGAUUCUGGUAAUGGCGGUGGGCCCCGAAUGGCGAGGUGGCACGAGGUGGGUAAGAAAACAGAGCUUGCGUUCGUGCAAUCGGUUCUCAAUUCUCCGGCCGAGUUUCAGUGGCGACCGUGCUGUACAAGUUUGAGUGAUUUUAGCGGUGAUCAAGCUAACAACGAAGAGUCGAGAUCUUUUGCUGUGUGUUUGAGGGAUUGUGAGCUAGUUGGGGUGGAUUGUAUUGAGCAGUAUCUUCCUCACCGCGUGGCGAGGCAAUUCGGGUUGGAUCAGGACGUGCCGUGUACGAUCCCUCGGGCUAAUUCGAAGUGGGAAGAUGCAUGGGAGAGUUACGAGAUUAAGGCGAAGACUUCUAUAUUUAAUUUUCCUCAGCAACUCGUUGAAUCGGGUGUUACGCUUCGUUACGCGAAAUGGUGGGAGCAAUUUAGAAUGGCUUGUAGUAGUAGCAAUGUAGUUGAAGAUGUGAAAGAGGGAGAGGAACCAGCAAAGAAUGUGAAGAGAUCUCAGGAGGUGAAAACAGCGGAAAAGAAGAAAAAGAAGAAGGGGAAGGUUCUGCUUAAUGGUAAGAAGAGGAAAUUGGCGGAUGUUUACGGUGCUACACUUUCGGAUUGGCUCAUUAAUAAUCAUCGUAAUGUUCGCGUCAAGAAGAAUGGAGUAGAAUCUCAGCAGCCUUCGACAAAUGCUGUAGAAAUUCGAAAAAGGAAAAACCUUGUCGAGAAGCCCACAGAAAAUAAGAAAAGGAAACAAGCUAAAGGCUGCGAAGAGAAAAAUCAUGUGAAAUCUCAGGAGCCUUUGUUGAAAGCUGUGGAAAUAAAAAAGAAGCAAACUUGUCCAGCAAAGCCAAAAGAAAAGAAGAAAAGGAAGCAAGCUAAUAGUGUUGAAGAGAAAAAUCAUGUAAAAUCUCAGGAGCCUUCGUCAAAUAGUGUGGAGAUUAAAAAGAACCAAACAGUGAAGCGCAAAGAAAAUAAGCAAAAGAAGCAAGCUAAAGGGCCUGAAGAGAAAAUCGAGCAUAAGUCGAGGGCUAAUGUAGAAACCGGAGAAGGAGAAAAUAUAUCAAGGGGAGAAAAUUCUGCAUCCAAUCUGUUGGGCGAAAAGGAGAAGGCUGUGAAAAGUAGCAAGCAAAAGAAUCGAGUAAAAUCUGAGGAGACUUUACAAAGUGCUGUAAAAAUUCCACAGCAGAAAACCCGUGCCGUUGAACCUAAUACAGGUAAGAAGAAGGAGAAGAAACGAGCCCGCAGAGAAAAAAUUGAGAUCGAGUUGAAGGCUUCAGGAGUGAUUACAGUAGAGGAGGGAACACCAAGUGGAGAAACUUAUCCAUCUGAUCUAUUGGCAAAACAUGUGAAGGAAAUGGUGGAACGUGUUGCAAAAUUAGAUGUUAGAGAGCGAAAGGAGGAUGGAGAAGCUCGAUCACCAGAGAAUGGAAUAGUAACGCUGGACGUUGAAGAGAAAAUGCUUAUAGAGGAAAGAGUUCCAAGUGGAGAAGCUCCUCCAUCUGAUCCAAUGGCCGAGAAUGAGAAAGAAACGGUGGAAUGUGUUGCAGAAGGAGAUGAAGGAGAUGAUAGAGAGCAACAGGAGAAUGAAGAAGAUCGAUCACCAGAGCGAGAAACGGUGGCAGGUAAAAAUGAUGAAGUGCUUACUGAGGAUGGUAAGAAAAUAAGUGAUGAAGAGAUUGCUGAAGAUGUUGAGAUGAUGGGCAAUGGAGAGUCCAGUUGUAGCCCGCACAUUAUGCAGGAACCUGAAGAAGUUAUUCCACUGGAACAGGAGAAGAAGAGAGAAGAGAAUGAGGAAUUAACUGCAGUUACUGGCGAAGAAGAGAAGAUGAUUGUCGAAGAAAAUGGAGAUUGUCUUUGUAACCCAGCUGUCGUAGAAGAGCCGGAGGAAUUUAUUCCGCUAGAGAAGGCAGAUCAGGGAGGAGAGAACAUGGAAAUUGUUGACGAGGGCGAAGAAGAAAAGGUGGUCAAGGAAGAAGAGAAGAGAGUAGAUGAUCGGAGGACGGAGUCUGAAGAAGCUCUUCCAACUGAGGAGACGAGCCAGCGAGGAGAGAAGGAAAAAGUUGUUGAGAAGGACGAAGAAGAAGAGGUGGUCGAGGAAGAAGAGAAGGGAGUAGAUGAUCGGAGGACGGAGUCUGAAGAAGCUCUUCCAACUGAGGAGACAAGCGAGCGAGGAGAGGAGAAGGAAAAAGCUGUUGAGAAGGAUGAAGAAGAAGAGGUUGUCAAGGAAGAAGAGAAGGGAGUAGAUGAUGGGAGGACGGAGUCUGAAGAAGCUCUUCCAACUGAGGAGACGAGCCCGCGAGGGGAGGAGAAGGAAAUAGCUGUUGAGAAGGACGAAGAAGAAGAGGUAACCAAGGAAGAAGAAAAGAGAAUAGAUGAUGGUAGGACAGAGUCUGAAGAAGCUCUUCCGACUGAGGAGACGAGCCCGCGAGGAGAGGAGAAGGAAAUAGCUGUUGAGAAGGACGAAGAAGUAGAAGAGGUAACCAAGGAAGAAGAAAAGAGAAUAGAUGAUGGGAGGACAGAGUCCGAAAAAGCUCUUCCGACUGAGGAGACGAGCCGGAGAGAAGAGGAGAAGGAAAUAGCAAACAAUGACAUCGAGGAGAAGGAAAUAACAAGUAAGGAUGCCGAGGACAAGGGAAUUGUAGAGGGUGUUGAGAGAGCCAAUGGCGGGGAAUCUCCAGUUUGUUUAAGUGUGAUCGAAGAUCAUGAAACAGUUGCACUAGCAGAGACAAACAACGGAGAGGGGGAGCAGGAAAUUUCGGAGAAGAGCGAGGAGGAGGAGGUAAUCGUAGAAGUCGUUAAUAGAAUAACUGUAGUACAGGAGGGUGAAGGAGAAGAGAAUGGCGGCGCGGAAGAAAAGGCAGAUGCUCAAGAUAUCCAGGGAAUAAAUAAUGCUGGUAAUCCACGUGAUUUAGCUCUUAUUAAGGAAACUGUGGAAGAUGCAGAAGGAACAAAGGAUGAAGAAUUUGCUUCAGACAGAAUAAAUUCGUGUAAUCUGUUGGGCCAGGAACGGGAAGAAAACACGGAAGAGAUUAAGAGAACAAAUAAUGGAGAAUCACAAAACAACCCAGAAAUUAUAAAGGAACAAGAAGGAACUCUCACUCCAGAAAAAGAAGAUAGAAGAAGAAAUGAUGGGGAUUCUUUUAACCUAUCAUUGAAGGAUAAGGAGGAAAAGGAAACACUGAAGAAUGUCAAUAAGGAAUUUAAAACCGAGUCUACCAUCGAAGUGAUAGUUGCUGAGGAAAACAAGGGAAUGGCUUCGUCAAAACAUGUGAAGUAUGAGGUGGAAAGGAUGGAGGAAAAGUGCUCUCCGCACAUCUCAAAAGAAUCAAAACUUGAAAUGGAGAUCAGAAAACUGAAGGAGGAGAUUGCCGCGAUUGAAGCAAGAGUAUUGGAUUUAGAGUCCAUCGCCGAUGUGCAAUCGAGGCCAUAACUGGUCUUUCUCUCUCACAAACUAUGUUUUGGUAGUUGAAGGUGAUCAAUUUUUGCUAGUCUCCUGCUUGGUAUUUAUCUAACUACACCAUGAAGGCUCAUAACUUUUGCUGUCGCAUAUUAAUCUAUGCCUCAGAUUCUUAGUACUUUUGUUUCUUCUUUUGAUUUUUCAUUCCCAAACUUUUGUAAUCUAAUCCAGAAAUGUAGACGAUUUCUGAAUGUUUCGGUGUGAAAUUUUUUGUCAAAGACUAACAAGAUUAGUACUGUCCUGAGCAUUAACAAGGUUGAAUCUGAACAGUCAGAGGAUGGAAAAAAGCGCAAACAUUUGUGGAAGAGCCACAGGAGUGAAAGAAUCAGAAGGAAAGAAAUUGUUCUUCUUUUUUCUAUCUUCUUCUAUGUUCCAGCUAAUAUGGGUGACAUGAGUAAUAUUGAAUGCAAAUCAUUCGAUGAAUAAGCUAGAUUUGUUUAGUCGCUGACUCUAAUUUCUAUUAAGCUCGAUAUGUAAGUGCUUUGUAAAAUGUUAACUCAUUCUUUUAACUAUAGAUAAGAGCUGUAUACGGA